UGCAGUUGUUUCAGUUGGUAGCUCCACUGGUAGGAGAUGCGCUGGCCGCCUGAGGCGAGGAACCGAAGGGAAGGUCAGAGAUUCCAAGGCUGUUUGGAACUGGGGCUGAGCGGCUUUUGAGCAGGCAGAUCAUGGUGCCGACCAAGCAUUGGGGAGAAUGGUUCCUGAACCUGCGGGUGUCCCCCCUCGGGGUGUUUGGGGUGGCCUUCCUUGCCCGAGUCGCCCUGGUUUUCUAUGGGGUUUUCCAGGACCGGACCCUGCUCGUGCGGUAUACAGACAUCGACUACCAGGUGUUCACGGACGCCGCGCGCUUCAUCACGGAAGGGCGCUCCCCUUAUCUGAGGGUGACGUACCGUUACACUCCGCUACUAGGUUGGCUCCUCACCCCCAACAUCUACCUCAAUGAACUCUUUGGAAAGUUUCUCUUCAUCAGCUGCGACCUCCUCACCGCUUUCCUCCAAUACCGCCUGCUGCUUCUUAAGGGGCUGGGUCGCCGCCAGGCUUGCGGCUACUGUGUGUUCUGGCUUCUUAACCCCCUCCCCAUGGCGGUAUCCAGCCGGGGCAGUGCGGACGCGAUCGUCGCCUCCCUGGUACUUAUGGCCCUGUACCUCAUAGAAAAAAGACUCGUCGCCUGUGCCGCCGUGUUUUAUGGUUUCGCCGUGCAUAUGAAGAUAUAUCCGGUGACCUAUAUCCUCCCCAUAGCUCUCCACUUGCUUCCAGAACGCGACAACGACGAGGGCCUCCGUCAAUCUCGGUAUUCUUUCAAAGCUCGUUUGUGCGAGUUCCUGAAGAGGCUGUGUAAUCGGGCUUUGCUGCUCUUCGUAGGAGUUGCUGGACUCACGUUUUUCGCCCUGAGCUUUGGUUUCUACUAUAAAUAUGGUUGGGAAUUUUUGCAGCACACCUACCUGUAUCACCUGACUAGGCGGGAUAUCCGGCACAACUUUUCUCCGUACUUCUACAUGCUGUAUUUGACUGCAGAGAGCAAGUGGAGUUUUUCUCUGGGAAUUGCCGCGUUCCUACCACAGUUUAUCUUGCUUUCGGCGGUGUCUUUCGCCUAUUACAGAGACCUUGUCUUUUGUUGUUUUCUCCAUACGUCCAUUUUUGUGACUUUUAACAAAGUCUGCACCUCCCAGUACUUUCUUUGGUACCUCUGCCUGUUGCCCCUUGUGAUGCCGCUAGUGAGAAUGCCCUGGAAAAGAGCUGUAGUUCUCCUGCUGUUGUGGUUUAUAGGGCAGGCCUUAUGGCUGGCUCCUGCAUAUGUUCUUGAGUUUCAAGGACAGAACACCUUUCUGUUUAUCUGGUUAGCUGGUUUGUUCUUCCUUCUUAUCAACUCUUCCAUCCUAAUUCAAAUUAUUUCCCAUUACAAAGGCGAACCGCUGACAGAGAGAAUCAAGUAUGACUAAUAUAUGCUCCAGUUCUCCUGUUGCUUCUAUCGAUUCCGAUUGUUCUGAAUGGACCAGAAAAGAGAGCUUUGGAAAAUUUUCGUGAACAUCCUAAGCACUCUAGUGAAAGUUCACUUUGGAGCGUAAAACCCUGUCUCAACAGAAAUUAAAACAAAUGUUUGCCAUAUGUAAAGGGAACUCAACAAUUGAGGUCUACCCUUUAGGAAAUCUUAGGGCUCAUUUAUCUUGGAUAUAAUGGGAAGUAAAGGUUUCUUGUUUAAAAAUGGAAAGGCUGAUGAAACUAUCAGACGUUAAAAGGUUUUUGUAGAAAAAUAGAGGAACGUAGUCAGAGACAUAAGGUCUAAGCCAGUAUUUGUUCCAGUUAUACUCUGCUACUGUCUGAAGCUGUCUUGUCUUUUAACCCCCACUUUUUCUUUUAAAGCUUUCCUGAUAACUGAAAACUCACAAAGUGCCCUUUAAGUACUGCUUUUACGUGUAAAGUGUUAAAGAAUACUACUGUGCUUAGAUUGGGAAAGCUAAUUCUGUAUUAAAAGUGGGGGCUUAGAAGAUAAAGAAUCCAAAGAAUUUAAAUUGUAAUACUGUUUCAUGUAUUUGCUUUAUAGCUUAUUUUUUCAGCACUUAGUGCCAGUGGUAUUAGAGUACUAUUUAGUUUUAUACAAAAAGGAUUAAAUUUAAAUUCAUCCAUCUUUA